AUGCAGCAGGAUCGGGUCAUUGCCUAUGCUUUACGCCAGCUGAAGGAUUACGAAAGGAAUUACCCGGCUCACGAUCUGGAGCUCACGGCAGCAAUGUUUGCCCUUAAGCUUUGGAGGCAUUAUCUAUAUGGGGCACAAUGUGAGGUAUUCACUGAUCACCUAAGCCUAAAGUAUCUCUUCACCGAGAAGGAGUUGAACCUUAGGCAGAGACGUUGGCUCGAGUUCUUGACGGACUAUGACUUCUCUAUCCAGUAUCAUCUGGGAAAGGCGAAUGUUGUAGCUGACGCCUUGAGUCAGAAACAGUCAUCAGCCGAGUUGUCUUUCAUGAUUACGAGACAAGAUCGUCUUGUGGAGGAGUUCCACCGCCUCGAGAUUGAGGUUGUUCCCACUGGGGCCACGGCUGAAUUGAUGACCCUGGUGGUACAGCCUAUAUUGACUGAGCAGAUUAUGCUAGGGCAGCAGAGUGACCCGCACUUGCAGAAGGUGUUGGCGGAGAUCAAGAAUGGUAAGGACGGGGACUUCUCUAUUCACACCGAUGGAUCUCUUCGUUUCAAAGGCAGGUGGUGCGUGCCUAGUGACUCGGAGCUGAGGAAAGAUAUCCUAUCCGAGGCGCUUCGAUCCCUUUACACGGUUUAUCCCGGUGGAACCAAGAUGUAUCGCGACCUGAAGCAGAAUAUCUGGUGGCCUGGGAUGAAGUUAGAUGUGGCACAGCAUGUGGCUCAGUGCUAG